AUGGCAACCUCGAUCCUUCUCAAUACCACCCCAAUGGACCCUUCGUUUGCGACCUCCGCAGCUUCAUAUCACUCCUCUCCGGAUCACACAUGUCCGCAAUGUGGCUAUGAUCUGCUCCCGCCCUCCGACCCCUCUGCUGAAGCCGCCGAAGCCAAUCGCCGCAUCCGUGAUCUCGAAGCCCAGGUCCGGCUCCUAAAUUCCAAAGCCGCCGCGGCUGUAGACAAGCUGGCAGACUACGAGGACGAAAUCACAUACUUGCGCGAUGCAUACUCCAAGUCGCAGCAACUGCAGCAACAAGCAAAGUCAAAUGCUAGGUUGAGUAUUUCACCGCUGGAGGGGACAGGCUCGACCACAACACCAGGCCAAACGCCACCGCAACAGCAGCAGCAGUCGAGGCUAGCAAGCAUCAGUGCAUUCUUGCCAGGACGGAAGAGGGAAGCGAACGGUAGUGUAGGGGGACAGAACCCCUUGACACCGGCGACGGGCACAUUUCCGCAGAACAACGCUGCACCAUCCAGCACUACCACAUUAUCUCCACCGAAAACGCCCUUCUUCGGAGUUGGAACGAUAACUAGUAAUUCUACACCAACCCUCGCGUCUUCCUCCACCUUGGACAACAACCAGUCCACUUUGAGCCUCUCGUCAUUGCAAUCUUCCCUCGAAGAAGAACGCACCCUCCGCAUACGUGCCGAGUCCUCCCUCUCACAAACUCAAACCGAGUUGGAAGAGCUCACAGCACAGUUAUUUGGGCAAGCAAAUGAGAUGGUCGCAAAUGAAAGAAAAGCUCGGGCAAAGUUAGAAGAGAGGGUCAAAGUGUUGGAGCAGAGGGAUGUUGACAAGAGGAAGAGGCUAGAACGGUUGGAGAAGGCCGUGAGUCGGAUUGAGAGAGUUCGAGGGAUGGUUGGUGACUGA